AUGAACACCGAAAGACAAUUGGCGAGUGUUAGGGACCUCGUGGAGGAAGCCAAGAAGCGAAUUGUGUUUUUGAUCGUAUGUGUUGUAGGCCUGUCCUAUCUGAUGUCCUUAACAAGCUCAUCAGUUUUAGUCAACUUGCCUGCCGCUGCCGUUCUAAUAAUCAUCUUUCGCUACUGGUCUCUGGAAUUUGAUAUGCGGAGAAAAGCUGCAACUUACAAAGGCAAACCAAUAGCUGUAAGUACUGCUCCCAGGAGAAAACCAUUUGAAGUUCCUAGAGUUACCGCCAAUAAUUCUGAUUGGAAGCGUAAAGUGGAUUCUCCUGUUGUUGAGGAUGCAAUAGACCAUUUCACUAGACGUAUUGUAUUGGAGUGGGUAACUGAUCUGUGGUACUCCCGCAUAACUCCUGAUAGACAAGGACCGGAAGAGCUUGUGCAGAUCAUGAAUGGUAUACUCGGGGAAUUUUCACAUCGCAUGAGAGAUAUUAAUCUAAUCAAUCUUCUAACAAGGGAUAUCAUUGAUCUUCUAUGCACUCAGUUGGAGCUUUUUCGUGCAAGCAAGGCAAAGAUUGAGAAGCACCAAUCGAGAUCUCUGACCAUUGAAGAGAGAGAGAUGGAACUAAAAUCUGUUCUGUCUGUGGAAAACAAACUGCAUCCUGCUUUAUUUUCUGCCGAUGCUGAGCACAAGGUUCUCCAGCAUAUUAUGGAUGGUUUCAUUUCAUUUACAUUUAAGCCAGAGGAUCUGCAAUGCUCCUUAUUUCUCUAUAUCGUCAAGGAACUUCUUGCUUGUGCAGUACUGCGACCGGUGAUAAAUUUAUCUAGCCCAAGGUUUAUCAAUGAGAGAAUUGAAUCUCUAGUUAUUUCUUUAAGUAAGACCGACAGAGGAAGUAAGGCAACACAAGUGGAUUUGCACUCCAGGCCAAAUGUAUCUCCUAAGUUAUCAUCUGAUCAUUUUUCUCGGGUUCUAGAUCCUUCCAUGAAAGGUGUUGAACUCGUACAGUUAAAGAAGGAUCAAUCCAGGAAUGAGGCUGAGAAUCCUGCAUCAGGCAACAUGAAGGAAAUACUUCUUUCUGAAGAUCCAUUUUUUUCCAUUGGUACACACUCCACCCAUUCUUGGAGUUCUUUGCCAUCAGGAAACAAUUAUGCCGAUGGAAGAGAUAUUCAGCGACACCUGUCCGGAGGAGAAUGGGUUGAUAUGCUAGACGUGUUUUCUCGCAGAAAAACUGAGGCCCUGGCACCAGAACAUUUUGACAAUAUGUGGACGAAAGGAAGAAAUUACAAAAGGAAUGAAGGUGCAAAUCAGAUGGCUGACCCUGUGAAGGAAGCCUCUACGGUGGGUGUAUCUAUCUUGGUCGAGCAGUCAAAAGAGCUUUCUGGGCGAAAGAAUAAGGUUAUAGAAACCAAAGGUAGUUCCUUUGAGAGUGAUGUUUUUAAUUCUGGAUGUAGUAAUUGCCCUGGGGCCAACAAUAUUGUCACACAUGAUGAUUUUAAAAAACAAAGUCGUACAGCAAUUCCUUUAAAUGAAGACAAAGAUGAACUUAGUGUCUUGCAUUCUGAUGAGGUCAAAUCAGAGAGCAGUUGUUAUACUACUGAAGAUGAAGAUACUAGCAGUGUAACAGGUAUUGAUUCUGCUGGUAGUAUAGUUUGGGAUGCUAAAAACAAGAGAAGCGUCAGUAGCAUUCAUCAUCCUCUUGAAAGUUUUGAAGGCCAUAAGAGUAGAAAGGCGAGCAAAGGGCAUCUCCAUUCGAGAAGAUUGCUUAAAACCCUGUCUAAGAGGAAAAGGUCUAGAUUAAGUAGUCAUAAUGAGCACUUGUGGCAAGAGGUCGAAAGAACAAGUUUCUUAUUGGGAGACAGGCAGGAUAUACUGUAUUCUUCCAGAGAAAAUAUCGAACAUGAAGACUCAAGUGAUGAAUUUGAGGCUGAACGUUUAAGUAGAGUUUAUAGUGGAGCUACUACUUCGUCAUCGGUUUCCUUGGCCGCCUUGCCUGGAAGUCAUUGCUGGCCUGCUAAUUCUGCAAAAAACUCAAUUGUUGCUGAUUCUUUUUUCAAGUUACGAUGUGAGGUAUUGGGUGCCAAUAUUGUGAAGAGUGGGUCCAAGACAUUUUCUGUUUAUUCCAUAUCUGUUACUGAUGUAAAUAGUAACAGUUGGUCCAUCAAAAGAAGAUUUCGACAUUUUGAGGAGUUGCAUCGGCGUCUUAAAGAGUUUCCUGAAUAUAAUCUCCAUUUGCCACCUAAGCAUUUCCUAUCAAGCGGUCUAGAAGUUUUUGUAAUUCAAGAGCGGUGUAAAUUGCUUGACCAGAAUUUGAAGAAGCUUCUGCGGCUUCCAACUGUUUCCUCUUCCAUUGAAGUUUGGGACUUCCUUAGUGUAGACUCCCAGACAUAUGUUUUCUCAAAUUCAUUAUCUAUUCUUCAGACUUUAUCAGUUGACCAUGAUACAAUACAUGAAAGGAGUAGGGAGUGUCGGGAUAAAGAAGGGACUACAACUGAUUUGUUAUCCAAUCAAAGAGAAAAAUUCAGCCAUGGAAAGGAGUCUGCAUUACGGAUGAAAGGUGAACAUGUUGCUGAUGCAUCCAAAUUGAACAAAGGAAGUCUAGUUAUUUCCCCAGGGGAAAUGCCAUGCAAAGGAUGUGGAAUGGCUCUUGAGGUUUCCAGUGAUUCUGACAAUCCAGAGCAAGAAAACAUACACUUGGCCAGAAACUUGGGGAAGACUUUGAAAACAGAUGUGAAUGGUUUGCGCGCAUCUGAGUUUAUUAAUGCUGCCACUGAUCCAACCCUUCCUAGUGAGUGGGCGCCACCAAAUCUAAGUGUUCCCAUAUUCGAUUUGGUUGAUGUCAUUUUUCAGCUUCAAGAUGGUGGAUGGAUCAGGAGAAAGGCUUUUUGGGUGGUCAAACAAAUUUUACAAUUAGGAAUGGGCGAUGCAUUUGAUGAUUGGCUGAUUGAGAAAAUCCAGAUUCUGCGCCGGGGAUCAGUAGUUGCUUUAGGGAUCAGGCGUUUGGAGCAGAUACUUUGGCCUGAUGGAAUUUUCUUAACAAAGCACCCGAAGAGACAGCAACCCACUUGUGCAAGCCCAUCUGAUAAUUCUCCUCGGGUCCAGUGUUCCACUCCGUUUUCUUCACCUGAAACAGAUGAUAUCCAUGAACUAGAGGAGAUGCAGCAAAAGGAAGCUGAACGGCGAGCAAAAUUAGUAUAUGAACUCAUGAUCAACAAGGCACCAGCUGCUAUUGUAGGUCUUGUUGGUUGCAGGGAAUAUGAAAAAUGUGCAAAAGAUCUCUAUUGUUUUAUUCAGUCAUCCGUUUGUAUGAAGCAACUAGCGUUUUAUCUUCUUGAGUUGCUGCUCUUAUCCGCAUUUCCAGAGCUUGAUAGUGCCUUCAAACAGUUGCACGAGGACAAGGAGAAAUUUGGAAAACUCGAAUUGAGUUCACAAAGUUGA